CAGGAUAGGCUUAAUAUCCAGUUCGUGUGUCUCUCCCCUUUCCCCUUUCAGUCAACAUUCAAUACUGCUGCGUAUUUCUACUAAUAUAUAAUGUAGGAAAAUAUAAAGUAAAUUAUUAGAAAUUAUGUCACAGUAUACAGUAAAUUAGCAUUUAUUUAGUGAAAUCAGGUUACAGAGUAUCAGAGGAGCGGGUGCUAAUAGGCUAACUAACUCACCAAACAAAACGAGCAGGAAGUUGUCCAUCACUACUCCUGUGAAUCUGUCCUUGUCCUAAUCUCAUAAAUUAUUUGUCCAAAUCCAAAAUGGCUCCGAAAAAGCAGAAGAAAAGCAAAGCGUCAGGAGGCUCGAAGAAGGAAGAAGACAAAGAAAAGGAGGCAGAAAGAGAAGCACAGUUACACAGAGAGUAUGAGUCUCUGACUGAAACACUCAUCAACCUCAAGAAGAGGAAAGAGCAACUACGAAGAGAUAAUGAGGUUCUUCAGAGAGAGGCCGACCAGAUAUGCAUGGACAGUCAAGAGUACAUGUCGUACAUGUCGAAGCGGGCGCAGAAGCGACAGAAUGCAAGUGUUACCCUGACUGAUCCGAGGCAGCAGAGGCUGGAAGAGCUCAGUAAACAGAGAGAGGAGAUGGUGGAAAAACACAAAGAGUGGGUCAACGGUCUGAAGAAGGACAUUUUGGAGAAGGAGACUGAGUUGGCUAUGUUGAAUCUUGAAAUAACUAAGCUCGAGGAUGUUAAGAGUCUGCAGCAGCAACAGUUGGAUCGUAUAGCUGAGCUGAAGGAGGAGGUGGUUACUGUAAACUGUCAUCACUGCAAGACUCUUCAUACUCUAAAAGCUAAAAGCCUCAUGGAAAAGGAGCGCUACAAGGCUGAGUCUAAACGCAUGCUAUGGGAAGUCAUCUGCCAAGUUAAUAAGGAAGCUUCUGUCUCUAUGCUUGCUUACAUACAGCGGGUGACUGAAGAGAAUUUUUGUAUGUAUAAAGAACUGCAGCAGCUGAUCCAGAGAGCUCAAGCUCUGCGCAGCCACCAGCAGUUCCUGCAGACGCAGCGCAGACAAAUCCUGCUGGAGAAAAAGUGUGUGCAGGAGCUGCAGCGUUUGCGUACCUCCACAGCACAAGGGGGCAUCAGUACAGGAGUAGCUGCAGAUCCUGCGAUACUGGAUAAUAACCCAUGCUUUGAUUAGUUUUAUGUUCACCUAAUAUAACUUAUUGUACAAGUUGAUUAUUCUGUUAUUUUUUUAGGUUGUCAUUUUAAAUUAAAUGUGAACUCAUUUUAUAAUGAGAAAGCCUUAGUGCAGCUUUUGAUACUAUAGAUCACACGAUUCUCCUUGAUAGAUUAGAAAAUGUUGUUGGGAUUAAGGGAACAGUCCUCUCCUGGCUCAGGUCUUAUCUGACCGAUCGUUAUCAGUUCGUAGAUGUAAAUGGUGAUUUCUCACCAAUCAAUAGCUUCCACUGUUAUGCUGAUGAUACACAGUUGUAUGUUUCAGUGAAGCCAGAGGACAGACAGAAGCUUAGUAAAGUUGAGGAUUGUGUAAAGGACAUUAUACGUUGGAUGUUAACUAACUUCCUUUUACUUAAUUCUGAUAAAACAGAAAUACUUUUAUUAGG